CCAACAAUUUCUCGAACAUUAAGAGAAACCUUAUUUACACAAGGUCAAACAAGAUCUUUGUCAGAAUCAGACUUUGAACUUUAUAAGAAGAAAUCAUCUUACCAUUGUGAGAGGAAUGAAACUGUACUUAUUUCUAAUCACUCUGAAAUCGAUUGGGUUAUUAAUUUGGAAACAUUAAAUAGUUUGAAGGACUUUAGCUCAC